AUGGAACAGACCAUCUCGAAAAGCCGGAGCGUGCUACUACUACUGGCAAGAAGACUGCCUCGCGAUUCUUCAGCGGUGAGGAGGACGUUUUCGACUUCGAGAUCCAACGAUGCGGAUUUUACUCACGCUGUCAUUGGAGGCGGCGUGGUUGGUCUCGCUAUCGCCCGUCAGCUCGCGCAACGGACGGGGACGAGUACGAUAUUGAUCGAGAGGCAUGGGUCGGUAGGGACUGAGACCAGCAGCAGGAAUUCCGAGGUCAUUCACGCAGGCAUCUACUACGGGCCUUCGAGUCUGAAGACGCGCCUCUGCAUCCGUGGCAAAAACCUCCUCUACGACCUCUGCGAGACCAAAUCGAUCCCCUACCGGCGGACGAAAAAGUGGAUCAUCGCCCAGGACGAGCGGCAGAUGCAGCACCUCACUGACCUGCACGCGUUCACAAAGUCAAUCGACGUGCCCACGUCGUUCCUGUCCCGUCGCGAGAUCCAGGACCGCGAACCGGACGUGCGCGCCGACGCGGGGGUUCUCGAGUCGCCGACGACGGGCAUCGUCGACUCCCACGCGCUCAUGUCGUACCUCGAGGGCGACCUGGACAGUCUGGGCGGCGACCAGGUUCUGCAUACCGUCGUGACGGGCGUUGAAGCCGUCCGCAGCGGCGGCGGGCCGAGUGCCGACGACCCGGGCAACGGAAUAACGUCCUACGAGAUCCGCACGCGCAGCCGCGACGGCGCGGGGGGUGAAGACACCAUCACGGCCGAAUGCGUGGUCAACGCCGCCGGGCUGGGCGCCAUCGCCGUCAACAACAUGCUCCUCCCGCCCGAGCGGCACCGCACUGCCUACUUCGCAAAGGGAACGUACUUCUCGUACUCGGCGUCCAGGCCGCGCGUCAAGACGCUGCUGUACCCUGCGCCCGUCCCCGGCUUGGGUGGACUGGGCACGCACCUGACGCUCGACAUGGGCGGCCGCGCCAGGUUCGGCCCGGACGUGGAGUGGGUGGACGACCCGACCGACCUGACCCCGAACCCUGCGCGGCUCGCGGACGCCGUGAAGGUCAUCCAGACGUACCUGCCUUCCGUGGACGUCGGCGCCAUCGACUUGGACUACUGCGGCAUCAGGCCGAAACUGAGCCCGGGCAGCAGCGGUACGUACGGCAAGGACGGCAAGGGGUUUGAGGAUUUUAUAAUCUGUGAGGAACAUGGGUUUCCUGGGUUCGUGAACCUUCUGGGAAUCGAGAGUCCGGGCUUGACGAGUGCCUUGGCCAUUGCGGAGCGAGUAGAGGAUAUAUUGUACGGAGAGAAAGCAAAGGUAUGA